AUGGCCAAGAGGGCAGGUGAAGAUCAUGGAGCCGGUUCCAAAAAGAAGUAUCGCUUCUCAACAGGAAUAGUCGAGCCCUGUGUAUCUGGAAUCUACGCUACGUGUGCUCGAAAACACGAGAAGCAAGCUGCUCAAGAACUUGCAGAUUUGUUCCAGGAGAAAGUGGAAGAGUACUAUGGCGAUGAGGACUUGAACAAUGGAAACGAUGAUAGCGACCCAGAGAAGGAACUAUCAGUUGAAGAGCAGAUUAACAAAGAAUUGAAGUCUCUCAAAUCCCAAAAGACUGAUUCUCACAAAAAGGAACUUCUGAGGUUUGUGGAUCUCAACUGCGAAUGCGUGGUGUUCUGCAAAACCCGAAAACCUAUAGUUCCUGAGACGUUUGUCCACAGAAUCAUGCAGGAGUUUGCUGAUCCAAAAACAAGCCACAAGAGAACCAGAUACGUCCAAAAACUGACUCCUGUCAGUUUCUCGUGUAACGCAUCGUUGUCGGAAUUAUCAAAGUUGGCCCAACGUGUCCUUAGCCCGCAUUUCCAUAAGAAGGACAAUCCACCUUUGAAGUUUGCAAUUGAGGUAACACGCCGAAACUUCAACACCGUGGAUAAGAUGGAUAUCAUAAAAGCGGUUGCUAAAGAGGUGGGCAAAGAUGGUGAGUUUUCGCACACAGUGGAUCUGAAAAACUACGACAAACUCGUGCUUGUCGAGUGUUUUAAGAACAACAUCGGUAUGUCAGUGGUGGAUAGCGACUAUCGUGAUGCGCUUAAGAAGUACAAUAUACAGCAGAUCUUCGAGGCCAAAAUCCAGAAAGAUUCAAAGGACAAUCAAGAGUAA